AUGGGGGAAGAGGUGACGCUUCACUGUUUCUUUGGUCUGGCUCUGCGGCCUGAUGGCGUGCCCGUGACCCCGCCGAUGCCUGCGGAGAGCUCGCUGGUGCUCUCCCACUGCGCCCUGACCACCACAACCACAGGCCCCGUCACGCUGUACGUGCAGAGCCACGAGCAGCCCCAACGCUUUGCCCUCUGCACUCUGUCGCCGAAGCACGGCAUCUACUACGUCCCGCUGCAGCUUGUCUUCUCAACGAAGGUUUCCUUCACUCUAGUGGCGGCGGGGGAGAAGCCCCCGGAGAGCGGCCGCGGGCCGCGAGAGAAGCGAGGCGGCAAGCAGAAGAAGGACGGUCCCGCCCACGACGCCCCCGCGCCACCGGAGCCGGUGGUGCACCUGACGGGAUACUUUGAGGUCGAGGCGGACUAG